GCGGGUGCCGGCAGCAUGGCGGAGUCCCAGGUGCUCCUGCUGGACGAGUCGCAUGUCAACGAGAAGGUAACGGAGGCCCAGCCCCGCUUCUACUACAGCGAGGAGCAGCGCCGGGCCCUGGAGGCGCUGGUGACCCGGGGCGAGGCGGCCUACCGGGAGGCGCUGAGGAAGGAGCAGCUCCGUGACUUUCUCUCCAGCCGGGAGCUGCAGGCCCUGCGGGGCAGCUGGCGGGGAUACGACGACCCCCGGGAGGGCGGCAAGGUGGCACGGGGUCCCGGCGGUGAGACCCUCUCGCUGGCCUAUUGGCCCGAGUGCUCGGACACGGAGGUGCCCCCGCUGGACUUGGGCUGGACCGAUAAGACCUUCUACCGGGGCAUCAGCCGGGUGGCCCUCUUCACGCACCCCCGCAAGGAGGAGAGCGCGCCCCACCUGAAGGAGGUGGUGCGAGAGAUGAUCCAGCAGGCGCAGAAGAUUAUUGCAGUGGUCAUGGAUGUAUUUACAGACCGGGACAUCUUCCGCGAUAUUGUUGAUGCAGCAUAUAAACGCUGGAUCCCAGUCUAUAUAAUCCUAGAUGAGGAGGGUGUGAAGCUCUUCUUGGAAAUGUGCAGAUGCCUUGACCUCAGUGACUUGCAGAUACGGAAUAUCCGCAUACGUUCUGUGACAGGAGUUGGGUUCUACAUGCCAGCAGGGAAGAUCAGAGGCACACUGGCAUCCCGAUUCCUGAUGGUGGAUGGUGAAAAGGUGGCCACGGGAUCAUACAGCUUCACAUGGAGUUCAUCCCACAUUGACAGAAACAUCCUGCUAGUCUUGACAGGACAGCACGUGGAGAUGUUUGACGUUGAGUUUCGUGAGCUCUAUGCCAUCUCAGAGGAAGUUAAUUUCUACAAGGAACUGGGUAUUGCUAACCCAUUCCUUCUUGGAAUUGGGAAGCCAGGCCUUCAUUCUUCCACCGUGGCUCGGAAGUUCAUUAACCCCAAGUAUGGUUUAGUGGCGGGGGCAACCCGUGGUGAUAUGAUGCUCUGGGCUUCACGACACAGGCAGGAUAAUCAGGGAAACAUGGAAAAGGAGGAAACAAGUGAGUCAAAGAAACGGUUAAAUCAGUUUCUGAAUGACUUAAUCACAUUGGAGCAAGAGUUCCCAGAAAUCGAUCCACCUCUGGAGAACGUGAACAAGCUGAAUCGGAGCCCUCAGAAACUGUUCUCCCGGCUCCACAUGGACCUGAAAAAUAAAUCCAAAUCCAGAGAGUCUAUUCGAGAUGUGAAGAAAGAAGAUGCACAAGUCAAUUCAAAGCAAGGAAAACGGUUUGCCAGUGGGCUUUUCAGUCGCAAGGCCAAACGGUCUCCAGGCUCAAGCAUUGAGGCCAAUUCUUUUGCCAGUGAAGGACAUUCAGGAGAAGACCUUGGGAACAUGAAACUGGAAUAUGAGCGGCUCAGCAUUGGCCAUGCCAGUGUUCGGAGCACUGGAGGCAUCUCAGGUAACCUGGGUCCAAACUCCGCUACAAGUGAUAAAAACAAACAAUCUACCUGUGUGUUAUCUUGAUUGUGAAGGAUUGCCUGGAGAACUGAAGACUGAACAAGCUGGAACAGUAACUUCUUGAUUGAUUUUGAACCUACAGCCAAGUCCUCAUGCCGUGGUUUGUCAGGCCACUGCAUGGUCCUGGAUGCACCUGGCACCCCCAGUUAAAGCAAAUUUACUGGGUGAAGUGUAGACUGUGGAUGGUCGGUCCCUUAAAUGAGGGUUAGUGAUGAAUGUAUUAGUCCAUAUGUCGGUGUGCACACUUAUUUUAUAUAUAAAAACAACUGUGAUGACUGGUCUCAGAGCUUGCUCUGUGUCCAGAUAAAUGCAGGAGAUUUUUCUGACUUACUUGUGCUGCUACUUCAGUCUGUCUACCUACAGACUCAGAAUCACUGUGUUGCAUUGUUUACUGCACUGCAGAAAUGUAUUGGUCUGACCAGCUGGAAGGCUAAAUCCAAUUGAAG